AUGCUUCCCAAGAUUCUCCUAGUUGUGAUGCUAUCUACAGGCGUCCUCUCCUUGAAGUAAGGGUUUUUUUGUGCUUUUACCCAAUAAAAAAUACUUCCUAUAGUCUGUUCACCACGAUUCGGAAUUUCACCGAACGACAUUCCGCUGUUUCGCUGCGUGCCUUUGCGCGCUUUUAAUUUUUCCUUUUAUUUAAGAACUCGGCCAAAACGUGUUCCUAGUGGAACAGUCCAUCUAUCAGAAAUGAGAAGCGAUCCAAGGCGAGACCAAGGCUCGUAAAGACGCUUCGCGACGCAGCGGAACAGCGGAAUGUCGUUCGGUGAAAUUCCAUGUCUUGGCACACAGACUAUACCAGAUCUGCAAUACAAACUUGUACAGCAAUCAUUUUUUGUGAUUUUUUUUAGGUUUACUCUCUUCUUAUAUUACAGGUGUGCCUUCGAAGCGAAAUCGAGUGUGUCAAGUUUGGACAUAGGAGGUGGUGUUGACAAGUGCCAAAACGGGGAUGAUUACUGUGUCCGGGUGAGAAUUGUUUUGGUCUGCUUGAUUCUCAGAAUUUUGCAGCUCUCCUCCAACGGAGUCAGCGCCAAAGGUUGCUCGAAGACGGCUGGAAAGAUAAGUGGACAAGGAGUUCCGACACGAAUCGACUGUCUCGCGGAGGAUUGUCUUCCUGAUGGAAGUCUGUGCUGUUGCAAGGGAGACAUGUGCAAUACGUCCUUCGGAACGAGUGUUUUUUUGCCUCUUGUAUCAUUCACAUUGUUGAGGAUCUUUCUGUUUUCGCUUUGAUAAAUUUUAUUUGUGUUUUUUUUGUGGUUCAAAAGUCCAUGGCUGUUUGAAAACGACGCCAUGAGCGGAUUAAUGUGGUAACAUGGCAAAGUUUCUGUAAAGGAAUAUCGGUAUUCAUCACAAAAGACUCUAGGAACUGGCCAGCUUCUCGGAACUGAUCCUAAUAUUUUAUUGGAUUUCGACGGUUUCCGUUGAUUUCUAGACGUCUUUUCUUAAAAACGGGGGAACUGUGCAGGUUGAGACCUUCCGAAGCUUCUUCUGGUACAUCAAGGGGCGUUCUGGCCGAUUUUCUGGAAAAUCCCAACUGA